UUCAGGCAAAAGGCAGACAACAGGCGUGUGCGAAGAAGUGGGACUUGAGGAAACUGCAGCGCGAGCUGCGGUCCCUGCAGGACCUGCUCCAGUGUGGCUGGGACGUCAGGGAGGAGCUGGAGGAGACCAAAAAGAGCUUGAAAAGGCACUUUGAGGAGGAAUCCAAGCGAAUCAUCUUUCGUUCCAAGGUGGAGAACCUGGAGAAGGAGCUCUUCGCUGAGACUAUCCGGCAGAGUGGAGAGAUCAGAGGGAUCACCGCACCAGGACCAGAUCGCCACGAGGUCAAGUGCUCGCUCUACAUGGACGACGUGACCGUCUUCUGCGCUGACCAGCGUUCGGUGACUGCACUCGUCCAGACCUGCGAGGACUUCGGCAGAGCUUCGGGGGCAAAAGUCAACUGCGGGAAGUCGGAGGCCAUGCUCUUCGGGGAAUGGCACCUGGCUUCUUCCGCCCCCUUCCCCUUUGCCGUUAAGCCGGACUUCAUUCAAAUUCUUGGAGUCUGGUUCGGGAAGGAAGGAGCGGCCCUUAAGUCUUGGCAAGACCGACUAGGAAGGAUAAACUCGAAGAUCGGACUGUGGAGCUCCAGAAAGCUCACGAUGGAAGGCAAGGCACUUGUCCUGCGGAGUGAAGUUUUGCCUGUGCUCCAAUAUACCGCACAGGCCUGGCCUCCCCAUACCACCGUUUGCAAGGCCAUCACCCGGACAGUGUUUGGCUUCGUCUGGGGCAAAAUGGACAGAGUCAAGAGGACCGUGAUGUACAAGGAACCCCGCAAGGGUGGGAAGGGAAUACCCGACAUCCCCGCUCUGCUGAGGGCCUCCUUUGCAUGCGUCACGGUGCAGCGGACUCUUGUAGAAAAGACUGGCUCAGCGGGCAGGUCCAUGUCUCGCUUGCUUCUCAUGCCCCUCUGGAGACAGCUGGGCUGGGACAAGUGGGACAGCUCCAUCCCUUACAACUGGAACACUCCCUGGUUCUAUGGGGAUGUUGUCCGGUUUGUGAGGGAGCACCAGCUGGAAGGACUGAAACCAGACCUAUGGAAGCCAAAGACAAUCCACAAGCUCAUCCGAGCUAAGGACUCGACCGAGCUGGAGAGAUAA